AUGGAUGGCGCCAAGCGUGAGAGAUACGACGGUGGUGAGGGCUUUUCGGGCAGAGCCCGAGCAGGCAGCAAGGACAAGAAUUCUUUGACCUCCCUACAAGACGUCGUGGAGGCGCUGCAGGACUUGAGUCACAAGUAUGACCAGGAGGUGCAGGAGCUACGUGCGACAGUAGCAAAGCUCACCGCUGAGAAUCGAAAGCUGAUGCGAAGAACAAGUGAUUCAGAUGGCAGUACGACCGCAACAAACACGGGGACUUCGUCUGGGCCAUCGUCCUCCAUUCAGGACAGCAACUCGCCAAAGCCAACCUCAAAAAUAACCAGCUACAUAGCAGAAGAGCCCGACAAGGGCGAGUUCGAAGACGAUUGCCUGUCUCCUCCCUUGGUGGAUGUGGAAGUUCUGGAGGAGAUCAGCCCCUUGGAGUACGAGGCUCGACGACAGGCCGCCAACGGCAGCGAAAAUAUUGCAAGCGACAGCUACAACCGGGGCAUUACCUCAGUUUUCAAGUUGAAGGAUCUUUGGGCAAGUGAUGUGCUCAGCAAAGCACGAAAUCCCCAAGCUGCUUCCGUCCCUCCGCCAUCCACGACAUCGACGGCUCUGCGCUUGCGUCCCACUGUUGCAGUCAAUGCAGCGGCCAUGGGAAUGGCUGAGCUCUACCAGGGCUGGGUGUCUCGCUUCAUUGCCCGCCCUGGUGACCGCAAGCGACUUUUCUGGGAUUGCUGCGGCCUCUUGUUUAUCGUCUACGACUGCAUUGCCAUUCCCAUCAAUGUCUUUGACCCACCUGUGACCACCUUCACGAUGUUCAUGGACUGGCUUACAUUGAUCUUUUGGACGCUGAACAUUGGUGCAACCUUGACCACCGGCCUUGUGAAGCAGGGUGUUGAGGUACUGUCCCCCAAGGAGAUUCUGAAAAGCUAUCUCCGAACGUGGUUCAUCAUAGAUGUCCUCACCCUUGGGCCGGACUGGACGCUCGAGAUCGUUGCCCGAACUACCUCCGUCAGCGAGACUGGCGAAGGGUCUUGGGGUGACGGUGCGGGAAGCCAAACUAUGAGACUGUUACGAGUACUGCGGUUCGUGCGAAUUGCACGUUUGCUUCGACUGCUCAAGCUGAAGUUGUUGUUGGAAGCCAUAGGCGAUGCACUUCCGAUGUCAGACUAUGCGACGAUUGUGGCCAGAGUGGCCCAAAUGGUGGCGGUGCUGUUGUACCUGAACCACGUUAUUGCGUGCAUUUUCUACGCGACUGCCUCAUUGACAACUGGCCAGACCACGUGGACUGCCGAGUACGGCUUGCUCUCUCGCCCAUGGACAGACCAGUAUGCUGUUGCGCUGCACUGGUCACUCACGCAAUUCACACCGGCAUCAAUGGACGUACAGCCCCAGAAUUCAGUGGAGCGCUGUUUUGCCAUCAGUGUCGUGAUUUUUGCCUUGGUUGGCUUUUCCUAUGUGGUUGGUGACAUCAGCAGUUGCUUGACACAGCUGCGGCAAAUGUCGGAGACGUCCUCCAAAGAGUUCCGAAAGCUCCGAAAUUUCAUGAGGAUGCACAAGGUGCCUCGAAUGCUGGCGCUGCGUGUCACCAAGUUCGCAGAACAUGCGUACAGCAAGCAGCGCGAGGCAAUGCCGAUGAGCAAGGUGACCUUACUGAAUUUGAUCUCUGAGCAGCUUUUGGGCGAGCUGACCUUCGCCAUGAACAAACCGCAUUUGGUUGUCCACCCGCUAUUCGAGACCAUGGAGCUCAAUGCGACUUUGUUCCUGCAGCGGAUGUGCAUCAAGGCGCUGGCACCAAAGCAGCUCGCACACAACGACUUCCUCUUUGUCGCCGGAGAGCAGGCCAAAGAAUUGACCUUUCUGACAUCAGGGAUGCUGCUGUACAAGAAAGUCCUGACGGCGCACUCACACGAGGAAUAUGUCCAGAUUGAUUGCGAUUGGAUAACUGAGCAAGCGCUCUGGCUGACGAGCUGGGAGCACGUAGGCACUGCAGAAUCCCUGGGAGAGUCCACGCUUGUCAGCAUCGACUCAGAGGCAUUCGCCAGCGUUGUGGAGCAGUCCAGUACAGCGUUGGUUCGGCUAGUGCAGCUGUACGCACGCCAGUUCAUCGCAUGGAUUAACGAACUUCAGGUCCAACAGCUUUCAGAUGUGGUCCAGGGCGACGUCAUGGGAGAUAAGAUCCGCAGCUGCAUUCCGGAGAACUUGGCGCGCAGCACGUCCUGA